AUGGCCCGCCCGAGCGAUACUGUCAAGACUACCCUUGAGGAAGGCUCUGGUCCCAACCCUCAGGAAGGCGACACUGUUGUUAUGGCUUAUACAGGUUGGCUGAAAGACCCCUCCAAGCCGGAUAACAAGGGAACGAAAUUCGACUCCUCGUACGACAGACAUGAGGACUUUGUGACCAAGAUUGGCGUUGGCAGAGUCAUCCAAGGGUGGGAUGCAGGUGUCCCUCAAAUGAAAGUCGGCGAGAAAGCGAGGCUUGAUAUCCCUUUCCACGAAGCUUAUGGCGAGAGGGGCUAUCCUCCCAUCAUUCCUGCUCGGUCGGACCUUAUCUUCGACGUCCACCUGAAGGAGAUCCGAUAG